ACGACGCACGCCACGCCCCCUCCCCCUGGUGCCGGUGACGUCACGUGGACGGCAGGGUGGUUGAAGGAGGAACGCGCGAGCGUCGUCCGUGUCGCUCGGUGCCCAACGUCCUCCGGGUUCCUUCUGGCUCCGUACCCCCCCCUCCCUCCCUCCUGGCGCUCCCCUCAUAGCCGCCACAGACCACGUCCUCGCAUCCUUCGCGGCUGUCGGUGUCGCUGAACGGCGGCGCGGACAGCGCGAGGCUUCGCUCCGACGCGUCACAGCACUGUACGUACAGUGUCCGUACAGUGCCCGUGGUGUUACCGCGCGAGUCUCUCCGCCUUCUCGUCCGGAGGUGGAAGCGAGCGAGGGCGGACUCGGAGCAAGCGGCACGCGCACAUCUUGCGAACAAAGGCGGCAACGAUGCCUCAAGUAGAAAGUUACGCCAUUCCAUGAGUAUAAGGGGGCAGAGUUACUCAGAAAUGGAGGUGGGAACAGCCCACAGUGAGGUCAACCCGAACACUCGUGUGAUGAACAGUCGUGGCAUCUGGCUGACAUACGUGCUGGCCAUUGGCCUGCUGCACGUGGUGCUACUCUCAAUCCCAUUCUGCAGCGUGUCUCUUGUGUGGACACUUACCAAUGUCAUCCACAACCUGGGAAUGUACAUUUUCCUGCACACAGUAAAGGGUACGCCGUUUGAGACACCAGACCAGGGAAAAGACCGGCUGUUGACCCACUGGGAGCAGAUGGACUAUGGUGUGCAGUUCACCUCCUCCCGCAAGUUCUUGACAAUUACGCCCAUUGUGCUGUACUUCCUGACGAGCUUCUACACCAAGUAUGACGCAGUGCACUUUGUGGUGAACACACUAUCCCUCAUGAGUGUGCUCAUCCCCAAGCUGCCUCAGCUGCAUGGAGUCCGGAUCUUUGGCAUCAACAAGUACUGAUGGUGCUGAAUAGUCAGGGACCCAGAGAGAAAGGGUCCUGAGUUGGAGGCCCAGAACAGGGCGCUCAGAGCAAUGGAGUCGGCAUGAGAGGCCCGGCGUCAGGGGCCUUGGAGUGAGGGGCUUGGAGCUCAGGGGUCAGAGCAAGGGGACCGCACAACAGCAGGGAUGUGGGGAUUGGCAGCCAUGUUGUGUGGCAUUCUGUGUGCAAUGCCUACUAGGAUUUAAAAAGGUAACAUUUAAAAUGAAAUGUCAACCCAUUAGGUUAUUUAGUUUGCUUAUGUGAAUACAUGCUGUUAACCGUAUAGUGUGCUUUUUGAUUAAGGUUAUUGUUACCAUGGAGAUUUACUGUUUUACAAAUUUUAUGUAAAUUACAAUUUGGUUUUAGUCAUGAGGUAAUUUGACGCAUUGGUUGGAAUUGCUUAUUGCCCACAAAGAGAGUGUGGUAUGUCAUUUAUUGGCAUUGAGGUUUAGUGUUUUGAGUGCUUAGACUUGUAUAUUUUUUCCAAGCACAACGCUGAAUUGUGUUGCAUUUUAGAUGUUAUAUGCAAUGCAUGACUGUCUAUAGUUUAUAUAUUCAGCCAGAUUUAAUUUCAGGAGCUUGUAAAUUAUUUUGUUGGUAAUUUAAACAGGAAAUAUUUUACACAUGUUUUGCUAUACUUUUGUCAAAUCUUAAGGUAAGGCACAUGCCCUGUAUAGUACUAACCUACCAGACUGAACCGAGAUUUUACACAAAAAAUUACAUCACAACUUUUCAAAAUAAAGUUGUGGUUGGACAGACUUGGCUAAUCUUGCUUCAAGAAGAACACCAUCUUUAGCUUGGUGUAAUGUUUAAUAUUAAAUCAAUCAUGGCAGUUGUGUUCUCCAUAUUACCCAAGAAAUGAUGCGAAUGAGCUGUAAUGACUGCAUUGUGAACCAUGUGAAUAGCAUCAAUUAAUUGAUAAACAGUAUAUUUAAAGGUAGCCACAACUGACAUCUUGCUUGUACAGUGGUUGUGAUUGGAAUUCUUGAACUUUAUGCGACCGUUUAUACAUUUGUUUUUUUUGCAUUAAGACACGAUGGCAUCUGGUAGUGCACAUUAAGACGGAACUCCAUAAAAUUGACAUAAGUAUCACACUUGAUGGUUGUACUGUAUUAUAAACUGGGCAGGUCCUGGUUCAACCUUUUGGAAUAAGGCCUGCACUGCAGCAUAUAAAACUAAAUGGCUCCAUAUGUAGGAACAAAAUGCAACCCUUCAAGAAUAAAGAAUAAUUGUAAAUUGCUGGAAUAUUUAAACCUCCAUUGAACUAGAGUAACCAUUACAUUUUCUCCUGCCAAAGAAUUGUUUUACAGAUUAAAGUUGAUCAUGAGAUUUUUUUUAUUGCCGUAUUUAGUUUAAAUCCUAUGUAAUUUGUUAAAACCUGAAAAAAUAGGGUGUUUUAGAACAUUCAAAAAAGUAAGGUCAGUAGAUUUAAUGCCCAUCGUUAAGACCUUCCCAAAAGUUUUUUGAUGAUUGCAAGGCUUAAUGUAUAUUAAAAUUUGCAGGUGGUACUAUACGCUUACCUGCUGGAAUUUCCGCUUUAUGCUAUUGUAUCUUUCCACAAACAAGUCUUGAAAAAUCUUGCAGUCGUCUAGAGAUGUGUACAGUACUGUGUAAUGUACAUAGCAUUGUUAAGUUUCGAUAUAUCUAGUAAUCAAUAUGCGUGAAGCUGUUUCAUACUCCCAGUUCAGAUUUUGAAUUGUGCAUGGUUAUAAAUAAAGUGAACAUAUGGAAGGGACACGGAAUGACCUGGGUUUUGUUUUAACGGUUGUCCCCAAUACAUGACAGAUGGUGAGUUGUUUUUUGAGAAUGUAUUCUCGGUCUUAUAAUAAUCAUGUCACACUGCCGGUACUGUAUUUGGUUUUAAUAUUGAAAGGGAAAUUUAUGAUGUGCCACAGGCUUAUCACGUUCAGAUUUUUUUGAGAUUUGAAAGUGUUAUUUGGUGUAGUGUUUAGUCUAUUCCGAUAAAAUGUGAAUAUUUUUUUAUUUACACUUUGUAAGAUACUACACAAUAAAUAUGCAGUUAUCUCACAAAA